AUGCCAUCUGUGCAUUCCAGUCCUUUCUACCCAAUGGAAAAUCCAGCUCUUGCAUCACUUCUCCGGCACACAUCCGGCGAAAAGCGGAACAAAUUCUCCGCCGGUGGCCUCUUAAAGAUGUUCAAACUCUUCCCUAUGUUAACAUCAGGUUGCAAAAUGGUAGCGCUAUUAGGAAGACCAAGAAAGCCUAUGUUAAAAGACAGUGCCACCACAGGCACAAUCUUUGGCUACAGAAAAGGAAGAGUCAGCAUAGCGAUACAAGAAGACACGCGCCAAAUGCCAAUUUUUCUCAUCGAAUUACCAAUGCUAACGAGCGCGUUAAACAAAGAAAUGUCGUCUGAUAUAGUGAGAAUCGCGCUGGAGAGCGAGACAAAGACAAAUAAGAAGAAACUGUUGGAAGAGUUUGUUUGGGCUGUGUAUUGUAAUGGUAAAAAAGUUGGUUAUUCAAUAAGGAGGAAACAAAUGGGUGAUGAAGAACUUCAAGUUAUGCAACAUCUGAGAGGCGUGUCCAUGGGAGCUGGCGUGUUGCCGACCGCAUCGGAUCAUAAAGAUAGUUCUGAUGGUGAAAUGACUUAUAUGAGAGCAAGGUUUGAAAGAGUUAUUGGUUCUAAGGAUUCUGAAGCUUUUUAUAUGAUUAAUCCUGAUAAUAAUAUUAAUAAUGGUAAUCAAGGACCUGAGUUUAGUAUAUUUUUUGUUAGAGCUCACUAG